AUGCCCUCACCGCCGUUGAGCAUUCCUGACGACCCAGGCAGGCAAGAUGUAGAGGGCACCAGUACCCGCUUUUCAGAUGUGUCGUUGGCGCUCGACGGCGCCACUUCGAGCACAGAGUAUUUUGAGAAACUCGACGGCAAGAAUGUCACGAAACACCCAGUCAGACCGAGCCUGGGCCCCGGUAUCUCCUCGCGGGCCCGUCGGCCUUCGUUCAUAGACGAAGAGGAAGACCCCAUAGCGACCGAGGCCAAUGCUGACGGACAGCCUGACAAGUCGGACAAAGAAGCACCGGUGACAUGGAUGUCCUUGCCUAAGAAGGGACAAUUGGCCGUUCUGACCUUUGCUCGACUCUCCGAGCCUCUGACGGAACGGUCUCUUGCGGCAUACUUGUUCUACCAGCUUCGGUCCUUUGAUCCAAGCCUUCCGGAUAGCACGAUUGCCAGUCAGGGUGGGAUGCUUACCGCCUCCUUUGCCGCCGCUCAGUUCGUAACAGCAGUCUGGUGGGGACGAGCGGCGGAUACGCCCUGGAUCGGUCGCAAAAGAGUCUUGCUGGUGGGUUUGUUCGGGACCUGUAUCAGUUGCAUUGGAGUCGGCUUCUCGAAGUCCUUUGCCCAAGCACUGUUCUUCCGAGCAUGUGCUGGCUGUCUCAAUGGAAACGUGGGCGUCAUGAGAACCAUGAUCAGCGAAAUUAUCAAAGAGAAAAAAUACCAGUCGAGGGCAUUCCUUCUGUUGCCCAUGUGCUUCAACAUUGGUGUGGUCAUUGGCCCUAUCCUCGGUGGCUUCCUGGCAGACCCGAUAACCUCGUUCCCUUCUGUCUUCGGCCCAGGCUCUUUGAUAGGCGGGAAGGAUGGAGUUGGCUGGAUGACCUCCUUCCCCUACGCUCUCCCAAACGUGGUGAGCUCAAUGUUCAUUCUGGCAUCUGCUCUGCUCCUCGUGCUGGGUUUGGACGAAACCCACGUGGCAUUGAAGGACCGACCGGACUACGGGCGAAGGUUGGGCAAGUAUCUGGCCCGGACUCUUUUCCGCCGGGGCAAGCAGGAAUACGAAUACUCUGAAAUUGGCAACCAGGUUGAGUUGCAGGAUAUCGACGACGACGAUCAAGACCGAGAUCCCGAGUCAUCAAGGACUCCGGCCACAACACCCACGAACACCAAACCCGCUUCAUGGAAACCAAAUUUAUCAUUCCGACAGAUCUUCACUAAGAACGUCAUCCUCACUCUGCUUAACCACUACUUCCUUGCAAUGCAUGUGUCGGCGUUCAACGCUCUGGUAUUCCUGUUUCUCCCGGCACCCCGGUCCACCAACGCCCAUGCGAGAUUACCAUUCCUCUUCACCGGCGGCCUCGGCCUCAGCUCCGACCGUGUCGGGCUCGCCACCGCCAUCAUCGGCAUCAUCGGCUUUCCGCUCCAGAUUCUGCUCUAUCCGUCCCUCAACUCGAAACUAGGCACCUUGCCGAGUUACAGGUGGUUUCUUCCCUUCUCCGUCCUCGCAUACGCCACGAUGCCGUAUUUGGCCUUGCUCCCUAAUAAAGCAUACCUGGUUUGGCCUACACUUACCGUGGUCUUGGCCUUCCAAGUCAUCGCCCGCACAUUUGCCCUCCCCGGCUCCACGAUUCUUAUCAACAACUGUACGCCGCAUCCGAGCGUGCUAGGCACCAUCCACGGCUUUGCGCAGAGCGUCUCUUCGGGAGCCCGAACCCUGGGACCGACCCUCGGAGGAUGGGGGUUGGGGCUGGGACUCGGGGGAAACUGCGUCGGUGCCGUGUGGUGGGUGAUGGCGAGCAUCGCCGUCAUGAACUGGUCGUUGCUCUGGGUCAUUACCGAAGGGGACGCGGGAGCUGCCGCGGCGGCGGCGAUGGGUGGUUGA